AUGGGCAUGGGCGGAGUGAUUCUACGUUUUUGCGCACUCGCUAUACGCGUGUUGCAGUUCCUCGAUGCGGCCGUCAUCCUCGGCAUCUUCUCCUAUUACCUGGCCAUCCUGGCCCAGCAUAACCUCCACAUCGCUACGUGGAUCAAGGCCGUCGAAGGUCUGUCCGGUGCUGCCACUCUAUAUGGCCUGCUCGGCACCGUUUUCGUCUGCUGUCUCGGCGGCGUCGGUUUCUUCGCUUUCCUAGGCGUCGUCUUCGAUGUAUGCUUCACUGGCGCCAUGAUCGCCAUCGCCAUCCUGACUCGUCACGGUGUCGACAAGUGCACUGGUAUCGUCAACACGCCUUUGGGUACUGGCAACGCCAAUGACCAUUCCAUGGCCAAGUUGACCUUCGGCAUGGCCUGCAAGCUCGAGAAGGUCACCUUCGCAGUUGCCAUCAUUGGAAUCUUCCUCUUCCUGAUUUCCAUCCUGUUCCAGAUCGCUCUCGCCCGCCACCACAAGCGCGAGAAGCGGUUCGGUCCCUCCCCCGCCAACGGUUACACCUCGGGCAGGGGCCGCAAGUUCUGGAGCCGCAGGAAGAACAGCCCCGACGCCACCGGUGCCGACAACCUGCCUGGCCACCCUACUCCCGGUGAUGUCGAGAUGGCUGGCGACACUAAGCGGGAGAAGGGUUGGUUCAGCACCUUCGGUCGCAAGAACAAGGCUACUCCCGCCGCCACCGCCACUGGCGCCAAUGGUUACGGCUACGGUAACUCUGCCUAUACCGGCAACUACUAA